CGUCAGAAUCCCGCGAGAUGAGACUUGUGACGUCUGAAUUAGCAGUCCGACAGCAGUCUAGGAGCUAGACGGUAACGGCGCUGUGGGAUUUUUAAGCAGCGAUCCGGGACUGCGGCGGGUGAUAAGAAAAUCGUGCGCGAGUUUAGAGGGAGUGUUAGGCGAUUGAUAAAAAGAACUCCAGUAAUUCGUACCACCACAGAAAGCUGAACUUGACACCCCACGUGUACGACAGUGUUAAAAUCAUGAAUCCUGUUUACAGCCCUGGUUCUUCUGGGGUACCAUAUGCUAAUGCCAAAGGGAUUGGUUAUCCUGCAGGCUUCCCAAUGGGCUAUGCUGCAGCUGCUCCUGCAUAUUCUCCCAACAUGUACGCUGGACCAAAUCCUGCUUUCCAACCAGAGUUAGAGCAUCCGUCUCAUGUGUCUUCGGGUGUGCAAAUGUUCAUGUUCGGGCACACGUUCUCUGUUGCGAGAAACGGUGCAAUUCCUUCAGGCUACACACCCGGUACGCCAUACAAAGUGUCAUGUUCACCCACCAGUGGGACGGUACCACCUUAUUCUUCAUCCCCAAAUCCUUACCAAACGGCAGUGUACCCAGUACGAAGUGCCUAUCCUCAGCAGAAUCCAUAUGCACAGCAAGGGGCAUACUACACACAGCCUCUGUACGCAGCACCCCCUCAUGUAAUUCAUCACACUACUGUUGUGCAGCCCAAUGGAAUGCCUGCAACAAUGUAUCCUGCUCCAAUACCACAACCCAGAGGCAAUGGAGUGGCUAUGGGGAUGGUGGCUGGGACAACCAUGGCAAUGUCAGCAGGUACUUUGUUGACCAGCCACUAUCCAACUCCUGUAGCUCCUCAAGUCACUAUGCCAGGAUAUCGGACUCCAGGGACUCCAACUUAUAGCUAUGUCCCACCACAGUGGUGAAAAGCCUAACAGUGUUUAAAGAUGGAAGAUAUGCAAGCAAGUUGAGGCUUAACAGAUGGUGCUGAUGCUUUUAAGCCUCUAGUGAGAAGUUUCUUCCUUCUGCAUUCUCUCAUCACUUUGCCUAACACUAAUACAGGAUCUCUGAAGAUUUCCAUUACUUCAUAUCUUAACAUCUUGGGCCUCUAGUGGUUGUCUUAAAACGAAAAUCCUGUUUUGUGGACAGUCUUGCAAUUUUUUUUUUUUUUAGCUAAUUAUUAUGAUUUAAAAAAAAAAGGGAGUACAACGUUGUUUCAGUUCAUAUCUAGUUGAAUGCAUGUCAAGUACAGAAAUGACGCUUGCUCAGUUUAAAGCCGUGACAUAUGCAAAAACAAACAUCAUAUGCAAAACCCAAAGGAACCGAGAGGAGCUCAGUAAGACCUUGUAUUACAUACGCAUUGAUUCUGCAUGCAAGCUCCUAUGAUCUACAGGCAAACCUACCCAUUCCAGCAUGUGCAUUUUUAGUGUUGCUCAGAUCACAUUGGAGAUUGUUUUGCUAGUUCAAUGAUGCCAUGUUUCAAUAACGUGAUUUCCAUCCUCAAAUUAGUGUAACUUUGAAUUCAUUCAGUCUCUAGAAAUGUUGCGCUUUCAUUUUUUUUUUUUUUUAUGUUUCCUGGUUUUGUGUUAUGAUAGGAAUAGUGUAGAGAAUUUGUUGCCCCCAUUUCUGGAGACAAAAGUUUGAUGUCACCUGUUCUGUGUCUGACUUUUUCUUUUCUCCGCUACAACCAUCAAGCAGAUAAAAUGUACAGAUUGUACUGGCAACAAUUUACUGUCCAUGUAAUAAAAUACAUUUAUUUAUAGGAUUAUCUUAGAAACCAA